CACGUGCAUCUUUGUUACUUCCGCCUGUGUAAUAAGAAAUCCUAGUUUAACCCCCUAAACUCCACUCGCACCAAAAACUCACUAAACCUCAACAAUGGCAUCCUCAACUUUUACUAACACCAUCUCUCCCCAUUCAUAUGCCUCCAAAUCUCCAUUUCCCAGAUUCACCACCUCCAGAUAUCUGCCUAUACCUACCCAGUUGAGGAACACCAAUGCCACAAGACGAUUUUCACUCUCUUGUUCUUCAGAUUCCGCAAACACCCCAAUUGAAUUAAGGUACCCUGCAUUUCCAACCAUAUUGGAUAUCAAUCAGAUUCGUGAUAUUCUACCACACAGGUUUCCAUUUCUUCUAGUGGAUAGAGUCAUUGAAUAUAAUCCUGGAGUUUCUGCAGUGGCUAUUAAGAAUGUAACCAUAAAUGAUAACUUCUUUCCUGGACAUUUUCCAGAAAGACCUAUCAUGCCUGGGGUACUCAUGAUUGAGGCACUGGCACAAGUAGGUGGCUUGGUUAUGUUACAACCUGAAGUGGGAGGUUCUCGCGAGAAUUUCUUCUUUGCCGGUAUAGACAAAGUACGGUUUAGGAAGCCUGUGAUUGCCGGAGACACCUUAGUUAUGAGAAUGACACUUAUCAAACUGCAAAAGCGAUUUGGAAUAGCAAAGAUGGAAGGGAAGGCAUAUGUUGGAGGCGAAGUUGUCUGUGAGGGUGACUUUUUGAUGGCCACCGGGAACUUCGAGCGAAUAAGUAGAGCGACCAGUUCGCCAAAAUGAGAGUUGAUUUUGCUGCAUUUCUUUUAUGCUUCAAGCAUUCUUUAGUUGUUUAUUGAGCUUUUUCUUAUACAUCCAUUUUACUAUAAUAGGUUUUUUUGUCCUUUUGAAAGAUUUGUUAAUUCCUGAGUGUUGUUUUUUUUUUCUUUCUAUUACUUCAAUCUCUUCAUCCA